AUGCUGUCAAAUAGUGAUCCAGCCGAAAAUAAUCUUCUGAACCAGAAGGAACUGGAUUCUCUGCUAUUCAACUCAACGAAUUAUUUGUCACCGGCUUCUUUGAGUGGGAAGUCGCCAUUUUCUACAACUAAUUCAGAUUCCAAUAAAGGCACUGCAAUUUCGACUAAUACUGAUAUAUCCAGUACCACAAUUCCUAUACUUCCAUCGGAACAUGGAAACCAACACGGCCUUUAUUUCACUUCGCAGUAUAAUCACCCGGCAACUUCUCCAGACAUGUCAGCCACCACUUUAAAUGCCUCCAGCACAGAGGAUGCCACCUUACUACGGUAUUCUUCAUCGCCGUCAUCACUUAAUGAUAGUGGUAAUAGUAGUAAAUCAAAAACUAAACUCGAUACAAAAGUUACUUCGACAGUUAAAGAUGGGAAGGGGAAUAUAGUCAAGAGAAAGUACUCGCGGAAUGGGUGUACUGAGUGUAAAAGAAGACGGAUGAAAUGUGAUGAGACUAAGCCUAGCUGUUGGCAAUGUGCGAGAUUGAAUCGAGAAUGUGUCUAUGUUUUAAAUCCUAAGAACAAGAAGAGAAAGACACAGUCAACUUCUUCAUCUAUUCAUACUAAAAUCAAGGAGCCUCCCACCAAUAAAGCCGACGAGGUUGUAGCUAAUGCCGAUGAUAUACGGAUCCCCAGUUUUGAACCGCUUAAUGAUAUUGAAGGCUUUGAUACAAAUUUAUUAAUGCAAAAUUUGAAUGAUAUAGUCAAUAUGAAAUUAAAUGAUUCCAUUUCGUUGAACGAAGGAUUGAAAGAUUUCGAUUUGGAUAUACCAGAUCUAUUGCUACCUACCACUGGUAAUUUAAAUUCCGUACCAAUCUCAUUUUUAGUUAAUAACUCUGUUCAAUUUGACAUCAAAUUAUCAUCCUUCAAAUUAGGUGGCAUCCACAACAAGUAUUUGAAAGUGUUCUAUCACGAUUGUUUGGAUUCUAUAGCACCAUUUUUUCAAGACCAAUGUAACCCAUUACGUGACAUAUUAUUAUCCUUUGCAAAGAAUGAAAAUUAUCUUCUAUCAGCAAUACUUGCCAUCGGUGCAUCAAUAUCCUUCAGAGAAACAAACCAAGUAGAUGAUGAGAAAAAUUAUUGUGCAUAUUUAUCGCAUUGUUUGACACUAUUAGAUGAACAGUUUAGUAACGAUUCCAAUGUGCUGAAAAAAAUUGAACCCAUAAUAUUGACAGUAAUUUUACUGGCAUGGGAUUGUAUCAAUUCAAUGAAUACGCAGUGGAGACAGCAUUUGAAAGGUGUCACUGAUUUGUUUAAGAAAAUCACAAUGGGGACAUCAUCUAAGGUUUUGAACGUUUCUAAAUGUUGGUUUAAAGUGAUGGAAACAUUCGCUAGCAUAAGUACUGUGCUCGGUGGAUCAUUACUUAAUGAUGAUCUUGAUCUAAUUUUUGAUCCAUACGAUUAUCAGUACGUGGAUUCACUCAAGUUUUUGAAUAUAAUGACUCCAUUAAAUGAAUUUAAUCUCUUAAGAGGCCAUAAGGAAGAUUUCGAUCUUGUUAUUAAGGAAGUAAUACGGUCAUUGAAUGUUAUUAGACCGAAGAGUGCUAGUAAUAUCGUGGACAAAGAGAAGAAAUCUGAUUAUUCAUUGUGGUCAAGUGAUAAUAAUGAAGGUAAACUUUCAUAUUUCGAUACACAAAAAAUUUUGAUUCAAAUAAAUGAACAAUUAGAAUAUGAGUUUAUUGAUAAGAGUGGGAUAAUACCUAUUACAAGUCAAUCACAUCCAAACAAUAGUGGGAUUAAAGAUAAUGCUAUUGAUAUGGUGACAUUAAAUAGUGGUGAAACGAUUGCAAUCAGUUGGUACGAUAUCUCCCAUCAGACACAAGUGCUAUCGUUUCUAUUGAUUGUUCUAAUAAAAUUAUUGGGUGUUCCAAGAGAAUCUAAUACUGUACAGGAAGUGGUCAAGAAGAUUAUGUCAUUUUUUAAAUUUGUCGAUAGCCAAAACCCGCCACAGAAUCAAAGAACUUGUUAUUCAAACUUUGCUGUAUUAUUAGCUGGCUUAAAUGCUAUGGAUGAGGAGACGAGAAAUGCUGUUAAAGCAUAUUUCGAAUUGAACGGUAAGAAAUUCAGAAGAUUGACAGAACAUAAUCUGAAAAGAUUAGAGCAAGUUUGGUACGGAGAUAACAAGGACCACAAAUUCGAGGACCAAGACGUCCUAACGUGGUGA